AUGACCAGGGCCAAGGCGUUAGCAGUGGCAAUGGAGAAACGCGGACAGAUGCGAGGUCUUUUUGGAGACAACUUUGGACACACCAAACUAAGAGGGGAUGAAAUUCUAGAAGAAAAACCCAGCAGAAACCAAGGUGUGGAGGUAGGAAGUUUCAGGCGGAAUUUGGCUGAUGACGACAGUCCAUCCAAAGUCGAUGCUUGGGAUGCCUUUGGGAGACGCAAGGGCUUUUUUGAGUGUCUGUCGCCAACGGCAAUCAUCUUCAAACAGGCCCUCCAGAGGCCUCUGCCCGGCUCGGCGCCUGACUCGGCCCUCCCGUCUCGUGGCUGCGGUUCCACCGUGGCUCCCAAAGGCGGCUCCAAGCAGCAGUCCGAGGAGGACCUGCUCCUGCAGGAUUUCAGCCACGACCUCUUGGCCAAGUCCUUGGUGCACUUCUUCGGGAGCGCCUUCAUCGUGUCUGCCAUCCCCGUCUGGUUACAUUGGCGAAUAUGGCACGUGGAUCUUACUCAGUCUGCUGUUCUGUAUAGCGUGGUGACCCUAGUAAGCACUUACUUGGUAGCCUUUGUAUCCAAAACCGUGAAAUUUGUUCUCAAGCACAAAGUAGCACAGAAGAGGGAGGAUGCUGUUUCCAAAGAAGUGACUCGAAAACUUUCUGAAGCUGGUAAUGGAAAGAUGUCUCGGAAGGAAAAAGAUGAAAGAGUCUUGUGGAAGAAGAAUGAAGCUGCUGUUUAUGAAGCCACAACAUUUUCCAUCUUCUAUAAUAAUAACACCCUAUUUCUGGUCUUGGUCAUUGUUGUUUCCUUCUUUAUAUUGAAGAACUUCAACCCCACAGUGAACUACAUUUUGUCCAUAAGUGCUUCCUCGGGCCUCAUCGCCCUCCUGUCUUCUGGCUCCAAGUAGACCACGUCAGCUU